GCGGAACUCAUGCUGCUAUCUUUCCGGCUGAGGACCACAAGCGGGGCCGGGCUACAGAUGCUGCGGCUGCCCGGGCAGCGCUAGCACCGAGGACCUGACAGUAGGAUCAUCCAUUGGGAUGCACUAGACAAAAGAGAAGUGGGAAAACAAACGCAAUAGGUGAGGGCCUGGGACAGACGGCAGCAGACUGGGAUAUGCAAAGAGAAGAGUACCCUAAUUGUCAAGUCUAGAUCUAACAAAAGCAUUGUCCCAAGAUCAUGGCAUAUUUCCCUGGAACUGGAAGAACUGAUCAAGAAACACAGCUAGACUUGUCCUUGUGUGAACGGGAGCCGGAAUGCCUUGAGAACUUAUUCCUCGACCCGGACAUGGCACAGGAGAAAAUGGAACUAGGUUUCAAGUCGCUGCCGAGUUCCACUACCGCAGACGGCAACAUUCUGAGAAGAGUCAACAGUGCCCCUUUGAUCAAUGGACUUGGUUUUAAUUCACAGGUGUUGCAAGCCAACAAGUUAAGAAUUAGAACAAACAGAACAACGUUUAGGAAUCAACGCUCUCUGUUGUUGCCACCUUCUCCCUUUCAUGGUUCCAUCAGCCGCCUUCAUCAAAUCAAACAGGAAGAAGUCAUGGAUUUAAUAAAUAGAGAAACAAUGUAUGAAUGGAAGCUACAAACUGCGAUACAAAUAAGUCAAUCUUGGGAAGAAGGCUUGAAACUGAAUGACAACGGCUUACAGAAAUCAUCCUCUCUAAAGUGCAUUGAUUUAACUCCAGUAUCCUCAAUGGCUUCUUCCAUCAAGAAGACUGGGAAGCAGUGUUUCUCUCCAUCAUUACAAACUUGUGUGAGUUGCACUGGUUCGCCUUCAAGUCCUAUUCCCAGUCCUAUGCAACAAUGCAUCAUAAGAAGUCAAAAUCCUACCAACAUUAUUAGACCAAGUAUCCUUGGACCAUUAAAAAGAAAAGGUGAAAUGGCAUUUCAAUAUCAACCAAAAAAGAUUUUCCAAGGCACAACCAACAUGCUUUCUUCUGAUACUUCCCAACUGUCAGAAAAUAAUAUGUGUCUGCAGCUUCACUCCUGAGGCCAGUGAGACCAGGAACCCACCAGAAAGAAGAAACUCUGAACACGUCUGAACAUCGGAAGGAACAAACUCCAGACACGCCGCCUUCAAGAACUGUAACACUAACUGCGAGGGUCCGCGGCUUCGUUCUUGAAGUCAGUGAGACCAAGAACCCACCAAAUCUGGAUACACCACCAUCUCCCAAUUAUGCUUCUUGCCCUAAUUCUCUGCUUCUCCUGUUACUUGAAGUUCCACUCUUCCCUCAGCAACCAGAAACUUCUACCAUGCCUUUUCUGGAAUGGCUGGUAUAUAACUACGACACACUUUAUAUCCUCAACACCUUUCAUGAGCAUUUUUCCACCUCCUUAGUGGAAAUCUGAUUUUCCUCUGAGAACACCAUUUCCUUUGUAGCCCCGUUCAAUGGUAGCUACUUAAUCUCUCAGCACUCCACCUUCCAUAGUCUGUGAGGUGGGGUUGGUGUCUUCCACAUUGGGGAAUGCCACUUUCAAACCAUUACUCUUUCCUUUGAGUUACAUGCUGUUUGGCUAUGAUAAUGCUUCCCCAUCUUGGUCCUUGUUAUCUACUGAACUCCUGGCCACUCCUCUGUAUUCACUGGAGACUUUAGCAAGUGGCUUUUAGUCUUGCUGUCUACUGUAAAUCCUGCUGCCAUCAUUCUGGGGGACUUAAGUGUCCACGUGGUCAACCCACCCAUUAACCUGGCCAUUCUGUCCCUUGACCUAAUUUUUUUUUUUUUUUUUUGAGAUGGAGUCUCAUUCUGUUGCUCAAGCUGGAGUGCAGUGGCGUGAUCUCAGCUCACCGCAAGCUCUGCCUCCAGGGUUCAUGCCAUUCUCCUGCCUCAGCCUCCUGAGUAGCAGGGACUACAGGCGUCCCCCACGAUGCCAGGCUAAUUUUUUGUAUUUUUAGUAGAGACGGGGUUUCACCGUGUUACACAGGAUGGUCUCGAUCUCCUGGUCUCCUGAUCCACCCACCUCGACCUCCUAAAGUGCUGGGAUUAUAGGCGUGAGCCACUGCGCCUGGCCUGACCUCCUAAUUUCUAAUGACCUUCUCCUCCCGCAGCCACCCACCUCAACUGUUGCACCCUAGACCUUAUAAACAGCAGAAACUUACCCUAAUUCAAGCUUGUCCAACCCAUGGUCCAUGGGCUGCAUGCAGCCCAGGAUGGUUUUGAAUGCAGCCCAAGACAAAUUUGUAAACUUUCUUAAAACAUUUUUUUUUGUGAUUUUUUGUAGCUCAUCUGCCGUCUUAGUGUUAGUGUAUUUUAUGUGUGGCGGAAGACAAUUCUUCUUCCAGUGUGGCCCAGGGAAGCCAAAAGAUUGGACACCCCUGCCCUAAUUUGAAAUUCUACUUUCUGAUCAAACGUCCCCGUAUGCCAUUUUCCCUUCAAUUACUCCACUAUACCUGGUUUUUUUUUCCUUCGAUGAAGAGAUACUUGGCUGGCUAUGAACACUGAUUCUGUUCCUCUUCGAUGCUAACAGAAACCGACUUUUUUCCACUAUUCAUCUUUUAGGGAAUGUGAUUCUAUUUAUCAGCUUUGGGGUCAGUCCUGAUUAAUCUAAAAUGACAAUUUUCAAAUUGUGGUCCAUAUUGGUCCCUUUCCAAGGUUUCACAAAGUCAAAACAACUUGCAAAAUAAUAGUCAUUAUUUGCCUUUUUUUUUUUCUUUGUGGACAAUUUCGCUGAUGGUGUAAAAGCAAUGGUAAGUAAAACUGCGGGUGCACUGGCACACAAAUCAAGACAGUAACAUCAGCCUACUAAUGGUCAUUAUACUUUUCCCCACCACAUGCUUGAAGAAAGAAAAAAAGUCAAAUUUUACCUGAUUAAGCAGUGAAAAUUACUAAUUUUAUUAAAUAUCAACUUUUGAGUACAGGUGUUAAUAUUCUGUGUGACCAAAUAGGAAAUAUGCAUAAAGCACUCUGUAUACAAAAGUAUGAUGGUUAUCUCAAAAAUAAAAACAACUUGUUGAGUUGCAAACUG